AUGGCGCAGGGGCCGCGGCGAGGUACUGCAUCAUGCGGCACUCCUUAUAUGGUGCCGAUGAUGGGCAGUGUGCCAUCCUACAGCCUGCACGGCAGCGUGGCGGUGGUCACCGGCGGCAGCCGUGGCCUGGGCAAGGGCAUUGCGCUGGAGCUGGCGGCGGCAGGUUGCAUUGUGUACAUCACCGGAAGAUCAACUGCCACCCAGCAGACGGAGGUGCUUUUGGCUGGCUCUGUGGAUGAGACCGCGGCCCUUGCAAACCGCCGCGGAGCAGGCGUGGCAGCCUAUGUGGACCACACCUUAGAUGAAGAGGUACGGAGGUUUGUGGACAUUUUGACGGAGACCCAUGGGCGUUUGGACUUGCUGGUCAACAAUGCCUUCUUUAUGCCCAAGCCUGACACACUCUUCUUCGGGGCCCCGGUGUGGCAGCAGCCCUGCAGGCUCUUCGACGAGCAGUUCUGCAUCGGCGCCAGGAACCACGUGGUACUGACGCUGCUCUGCAGACAUUUGCUGACCUCCGGUACCGUGAUCAACGUGAGUUCCGGCGGAUCGCAAGGAAACACCGACGUCUUCCCUGUCUCCUACCAUCUCAACAAGGCCUGCUAUGACCGUAUGGUGGUGGCAUUGAGCUGCCAGCUGGUUGACAUCCCGGUGCUUACUCUCUGGCCAGGCUCUGUGUCCACCGAGCGCAUGGUGGUUGGAAAGCGCCGCUUUCAAGGCUGGCUCCAGGACGCGGAGUCCGUGGCCUUUACCGGGCGCGCGGUGCUCGCCUUGGCGCGGCUACCGCCGGAGGCCCGGCUGCGGCUCUCCGCGAGGACCCUGACCUCAGCUGAGGUGAUGUACAUGGCGGGCGGCUAUGACGUGGACGGGUACCGCCACGACCUGCCGCGGGAGACCAUGUACUCCACGGCACUGAGCUUCCAGCUCGCCUUCAGCCCUUCCGCGGAAAUGGCCCGCGUCCUUGGCCUCCUCCUCCUGGCGGCGCCAGCGGCCGCCUUCGCCCCCGGCUCAGGGGCGCCCGCACGGGCGGGAUCUCCGCCCCGAGCGCUCGGGAGCUCCGUGGCACGCGCGGUGGACGAAUCGGAGGCCCAGUCCUUGCCCUUCGCCACGGUGGCCAUGGCCUCGAUGGUGGGCCUCGUGCUGGGCCUCGCUUCCCCAGCCAUGGCGGAGCGGACCGCCACCAACGGGGGCUACAGCCAGAUGUCGCCCUCCGGCUCCGAAAGCUCCAAGCUCUCCGCGGAGGUGGCGCAGGCGCAGGCAGCAUUGAAGAAGAACGCCAGGAGCAAGGAAGAGCGUUUGAAGGCACAGAUGGCGCAGCUGAAGGACGUGGCAAAGACAGCGGACCUGUCUUUCGCCGCCAAGUGAGGGGCGUAAGUUUUUGCGAACGCUCCGAACGCUAUGCGGAGCUGGACUUUCAAGCGGCCAGCAAAAAAGGGGUGGAACAGGCAAGUGAGUGACGACAGUGACGACAGUGACGCCAGUGAC